CCAAUGAGACUUUUUAAAAAUAUUUUAUUUAAAACUACUUUUUACAAAAAAAUAGCUUAGAGAGUCUUCAAUACUGCACAAAAUCCUUUUCAUAAACUAAAUUUGUAGUUUUAUUUGUUCAUAAAUGGAACACAAAAAACACCUGAAACAUAAACACACGCGUUGUUUUGACUUCCUGAAACAUAUUUAAUUCUAUUUUUAUAUAAAUGUUGCCUCUAUUUGUUUUGUAUUCACUUGUUUUCUUCUCUGUUGGUUUCAGGUCUUCCUGGCUCCUCCUUUCUGCGGUUCCUAUCCUUCCUGCUGCCUCUCUGAUGGAUGUCAGCGCGCCACUGCGAGGUUUGCUUCCCUCUCCGUGUGCGCCCAUGCGUAAAGCCACCCUGCAGCCAAACGAGGAAGUGGGGAGGAGGGACCAGCGGUGGUAGUGGCGCACUGUGACCAGGAGUUCGGGAAGUCGGGGGAUCUACAGUCUUGGAAAGCAGAAACUUGGUUUGUCGGGUCCGAAUCCUUUCGAUACCACGACAGUCGAUGGUUGCACAGGUCGUAGAGUGGAGGAUCCCGGAAGGAAGGACUCUAAAUUCAUGCAGGUUUCCAGCGUGCUGGUUUGACCUGCGCGCCUAUUCAAACAACACAAUCCGCCGUUUCCUCCCGGAGGAGAAGACAGUCUUCCUAACUGAAGGGAAAUGAACACCAUGAGGAAGAAGAACCUGUGCAUCUUGAUAGAUCUGCUGUGCGUCACAGUUGUGGCGCUGCCCUCCAUUAUUCUGAACAUCCGUAAGAAGCCGUAUAUGAGGGACAUUUUCUGCAACGACGAGAGCAUCAAGUACCCCGUCAAACCCGAAACCAUCCCCCGCGGCAUCCUGGCGGCUGUCACCAUUCCCUGCUCUGUCAUCAUUAUCUCGUCUGGUGAAGCUUAUCUGGUCUACAUCCGAAGGAUUUACUCAAAUUCCGACUUCAACCAGUAUGUGGCUGCGGUCUACAAGGUGGUGGGCACCUUUCUGUUCGGCGCAGUGGCAAGCCAGUCGCUGACGGACAUCGCCAAGUACACGAUCGGCCGCCCGCGGCCUCACUUCAUGACCGUGUGCUCCCCAAAGCAGUGCGGGGCAAACAUGCAGGUGGUCAACUGCACUGGCGAGCUGCACAAGGUCACGGAGGCCAGACUGUCCUUCUACUCCGGUCACUCUUCGUUUGGAAUGUACUGCAUGGUCUUCCUCGCACUGUACGUGCAGGCCAGACUCGUGGCGAAGAGGGCCAGACUCGUCCGGCCCACCAUCCAGUUCUUCCUGGUGGUCUUCGCGGUUUAUGUGGGUUACACCCGAGUCUCGGAUUACCACCAUCACUGGAGCGACGCGCUGCUGGGGCUGCUGCAGGGAGCUCUCGUUGCCGUGCUCAAUGUCGUCUUUGUGUCGGACUUCUUCAAGGAGCGCCCGGCGUGCGGCGCCAAGACGGACUCGGAGGAGCUGGAGAGGAAGCCCAGCCUGCAGCUCCGAGACAACGAGCACAGCAAACAUCUCAACUGUCACAGCAGUCCGGGGCCUUUGUGAUGGGGCGCUGAGGUUCUGGCGGACGCAGACACUGCAGCCAAAGCUGAGCGGUCGGAGGUCUUCUCCACUGGACUCUGCAGACUGCUUCCUGUCCUGACACAGUCCCACGUUGGAGUUCGGCCUUCACAUCUGUGUUUAAAAGCAGGCUCUGCUUGUUCUUCUGUGAAGCUUCAGCCUCCAUCGGCUCCACGUCAACCACUCACACUUCACCUGCUGCCCUGGGAGAUGACGACGACCUUCUGUUCUUAUGUAGGGAGGAGGGGAGCGCCUUUGUGUAAAGACUCUUUUUAAAUUAUGUGAUCCACCCUCUGCAGCACAUGACAACAGGAAGGGUUUUGUAAAAAAGUGCAACAUUUUCCCCAAAGAAUCAGAUUUCCUUAGGUUUUAAAUUUUUUUUGCUCAAUAAAGUCUUUUUUGAAGCACUAUUUGAAGGUGGGACAUCAACGAAAGCAAGAAAAUGUUCCCAUUUAUUUCUGAAUGUUAAUCAGAAUUACUUUGCCAGAAUUUUUCCAGUUUUUGUCUUAGUUUAGAAGAAGAGGUUAAUUUAAAAACAGACUUGGCUAACAGUGUGUCUGAAUGUAAUCCAGUUUGGGUUCAUGAUUAGACUUUAGACUCGUGUCACUAAAAGAAUCUGCACUUUUUGAUGGUAGAGCAGUGAACAUGAACGUCUGUGCAAAAACACAAAAGUGACCAAAAGAAGAGGCGAGCCGAAGAGUUCUUUAAGGAGAAAUGGGAGGCUUAUUUUCCCCCUUAAAGAUGUCCUGUUGGGUCAACGGGGGUCAAGCUGGGGUCCACCUCUCUGCUUGUUCCUGAUGGUCAUGAAAAGCAGGAGCUGGCUGUCCAAGCAACAGGAUUGUGUGUUUAAAGUCCCACUCCGAUCGUCUGCUGAUCCAUUUCCAAAGUUCUUUUUUAUCCAAAGGUCUUUCAAUUAUGAGGUGUUUAGGCAAUUCGUUAGAAAUUCACCUCUGAGCUGCGGGCAACCCCGCCCCCUCUUCCCCUCGCUGUUGCUGAGAGCUCAGAGCAGGGAGCUUAUGGGCCGCCCAGCUUUUUUUUUUUUUCUACGAUCUUUUUUCAUCUGCUCCUGAUUCACAAAGAUCUAAAUAAAGAAAUACUCAGCAAUGUGAUUUUAAACUCAAAUUUCUUAGUAUGUGCUCUCCAUCUUCAGAAAAAUGCUACAGGAACACGUUAAAGACACCAUUUGCAUCGGAGUGGGUUUUCAGAAAAGCUGGGUUUUCUGCCCCCCCCCCCCCCCUUCCUCCCCAUCCUCAGCAUGGAUGUGUCCCAAGGUCUUUUUUUGACUGUUUGCUGAAGCGAUAAGCCUGAAAGAACCUGCAAACAUUGAGGAUGACGGGCGGCACCUCAGAGGAAGUUUUUAUCAGACUUUCAUUGUUUUCAUGACUGACAUGUUUGCCUAAAAGUCAAAUCCUGCAUGAAAAGCUGCUCCUUGGUGACUGUGGAUGGGGAUGUCCUCAGUGGAUCAGCUUACUGCACAAUUGCGUCUGACGUUGGACAAAACUGCUUGGAAGUGUCUGAAAUUACGACUCAUUAGCUCAGCUUUUUUUAGAAUCAGCUGUUUUUUAUGCCAGCCGUUGAGAUUUUUUGUUUUUUUUGCAUAGAGUGGAAAAAUGUGGGUAAAAUGUUAAGUAACUUUAAUUUCUCCUUGACUUGAUGUCAUGCUAAAACCACUACAUUUAGUAGAAAUGUGUUCAGUUUAGUUUUAUUUGACGAACGACCAGAACUCUGUGUGAAAAUGGUGUUUAAUAUAUUUAUAAAGGCUUCUGUUCCUUCUGUUGCUUUCAUAUCCCAGCUCUGUUCAGGUCUUUGUGCAGCCAUUCCUUCUUGGCACUAUGAGCCACAAGCGAUGCUUUCCCACAUGUGUGUUUGUAUGUACAGAUGAACGCAGGCGUACGCCUCUGUUCUGCCUUCGCCCCAUUCAGCUUUUGUUUGGCUGAUCGGUAGGAAGAUUGUGGAAGAAAGGUGACACCUCCACCUGUGGAGUGGCCGCCCCCUGCUUCAUUUUUUCAUGUUCUCAUUUCAUUUGUGUGAUGUGUUGUAUUCCACAUGUUCGCAGUUUUGGGAUUUGCCGACCAAAGAGGUCCGGUUCCUGGUCCAAGCCUGAACCAGGGGACUCUGUACCGCUCCAUAAUGAAUGAUCUGCCUUUGUCCUUAAGUGCCAACGCAGUACUGCUCCCACAUACAGGAUCAGACGGUACUUUUCCUCCCUGCUGGCUGCUAGAUGGGAUCCAUCUCUUCAGCACUCAGGAGGACCGGCCAUAAAUCAGAGAGAACCUGCAAAGCUCCGGAGUCGAGCUGGAAAAUCGAGAAGGAAUCCGGCCUGGAAGAGGUUUGAGGUUCCCUGGAGCGCCAGAGAAGAGAGCUGUUGAAGUGGCGGUGGGGUAUGAUGACCCCGGGGUCGACCUUGCUGUUAAAACCCUUAAAGCAGCUGGAACUGACUGCAGGGAGGAGCUGCGUUCUGCAGCUUUGCUUCUUCGUCUGUUAAUGUUUUUAUUGCGGAUAAAUGUCACUAAAAUAAACGUUUUCAGCAGAUGACGGGGCACUGCGUGCUGUGGAGGAUUGGAGAUCUGUGAUCCAUUUCUGCUUCUGUGUUUAUCCCCUGAGAUUGUACAGUUUUCAAACUAUAGAAGUUUUAAUAAAGGCUCAUUUCCAACCAUGAA